CUUCACUGCAAACCUAAAACCCCCGACCCUAAAUUUCCACCGACUCAAAACAAAUUUCAGCACCGCCAUAAAUCACCAGCUCAUAAAUUCACGUCUUUCACGGAUUAAAAUUACAGCUUUGAUAUGUUUUGAAUCACGUAACAUAGCCGCAGUCUUAUAUACUCGUCAAUUUCAUAUUAAUUUUACAUCUAUUAUCUAUACACACACAGACACACUCGAUCGUGUGUGUGAUUAUAUUUUUUAUGUAUGCGUGUAUGAUUAUAUAUUCAGCUUGAAGAAAAAUGGAGUUUGAACCAAUGAGUAUGGGGAAUGAUGUGAUCGAAUUUGAUAUGAUCGGAAUUGGGGGCGGGGUUGUGGAUGGCGCCAUUGACAUUGAACACCCGAUAGAGGAUGAUGAUGAUGAUGAUCGCGGUGGCGGUGCAGGAGUUUCUGUUGAAAUUCAUGCGCGGGAUGGCGAUAUGAACCUCGAACCUUGCGAGGGGAUGGAAUUUGAAUCGGAGGAAGCUGCGAAAGCCUUCUACAAUUGCUAUGCGAGACGGGUAGGGUUUAGUACCCGUGUGAGCAUGUCAAGGAGGUCUAGGCGAGAUGGAGCGAUUAUCCAGAGAUCGUUCGUUUGUGCUAAACAGGGCUUCCGAGUUGACAAGGCGAAACCGAGCUGCGAUGGCGAUGGCGGCCGAGUUAAGCGCCCUAGGGUGGAGACUAGGGUUGGUUGUAAGGCAAUGCUGUUGGUUAAGAUUCAGGAGGAGUCAGGGAAAUGGAUAGUUGCUGGGUUUAUCAGAGAGCAUAACCACGAGCUCGUCCCGCCUGAUAAGGUGCAUUGUUUGCGCUCUCAUAGACAUGUUUCCGGGGCAGCUAAAGCUUUGAUUGAUACCUUACAGGGAGCUGGAAUGGGCGCGAGCGGGAUCAUGUCUGCAUUGAUCAAGGAGUAUGGCGGGAUUAACAACAUCGGGUUUACAGAGCGCGAUUGCAGGAAUUACAUGAAGAGUAGUAAGCAGAGGACACUUGGGGGUGAUCCCAAGAUCCUCCUGGAUUAUUUGAAACAAAAACAUGCUGAAAAUCCAGCAUUUUUGUAUGCUGUUCAGGGAGAUGAGGAUCAGUGUAUGAGUAAUGUUUUCUGGGCUGAUCCUAAUGCCAGGAGUAGCUAUACUUAUUUUGGUGAUACUGUAACAUUUGACACCACUUACAGGUCAAAUCGGUAUCGAUUGCCUUUUGCCAUGUUCACAGGGGUGAAUCAUCACAGACAGCCUGUGUUAUUUGGUUGUGCCUUCCUACCAAAUGAGUCCGAGGAAUCAUUCGUUUGGUUGUUCAAGACUUGGCUCACAGCAAUGUCUGGGAAACCACCUGUUUCGAUUACAACUGAUCACGAUAGACUGAUCAGGUUGGCUGUUACAGAGGUUUUCCCUGAGACACGACAUAGGUUCUGCAUGUGGCAUAUCUUUAAAGAAUGCCAAGAAAAGCUUUCAGAUGUGCUCUCCAAGCAUCCAAACUUUGAAGCAGAGUUUUACAAAUGUGUGAGUGUGACUGAGUCCAUCGAAGAGUUUGAGUCUUGUUGGUUAUCCCUAAUUGAUCGAUAUGAUCUCCGGGAAAAUGAAUGGCUUAAGACAAUAUUUGCUGACCGUGGGCAAUGGGUGCCGGUCUACUUGAGGAACACGUUUUUUGCUGAAAUGUCUAUGACUCAACAUAGUGAUAGCUUGAAUUCAUAUUUUGAUGGAUACAUGAAUGCAUCAACAACUCUCCAGCAAUUUGUCAAACAAUAUGAAAAGGCUCUGGAGAGUCGCUAUGAGAAGGAAGUCAAAGCAGAUUAUGACUCCAUAAACACUGCCCCUGUUCUUAAGACUCCAUCGCCCAUGGAGAAACAGGCUAGUGAGAUUUAUACUAGAAAACUGUUUGCAAAGUUUCAAGGAGAGUUGGUUGAAACACUAGGUUUUUUGGCUACGAAAGUUGAGGAUCAGGAGCUAAUAACUACAUAUCAGGUUUCCAAAUUUGGGGAAAGUCAGAAAUCAUACUUGGUGAGGUAUAAUGUUGGGGAUAUGAAAGCAUUGUGUAGCUGCCAGAUGUUUGAAUUCUGUGGUCUUCUCUGUAGGCAUAUAUUGACAGUCUUUAGAAUCACGAAUCUUCUUACUCUACCUUCUCAAUAUAUCCUGAAAAGGUGGACUAAGAAUGCAAAAAGUAGUGUCAUGUUGGAUGAAGGAACCAACAAUUCAUUAAAUAGUUGUCGAGAAUCUCUUACUCAAAGGUAUAACAAUCUUCAGAACGAAGCGCUAAGAUAUGUAGAUGAAAGUGCCGGAGAUGAGGAAAUUUAUAAUGUGGCAUUGGAUGCUUUACGAGAGGCUGCAAACAAAGUUGCCAUUGCUAAAAGGAACAGUGACAAACUGUCUAUUGUCAAUGGACCUGGGGACAUACAAGAAUGCACCAUUCAUUUAAGCCAUGCAAAUACCAGAAGUCAGGAUCAUCAAUUGGAUACAGAGAAACCAUUACCCCUAGAUGAACAGGACAGAAAGAUACAGAGCCUAUCGAGGCAGCUUGAGCAUGCAGAACAAAAAUGUGAAGCAUAUCGCGCAAACUUACUGUCAAUCUUGAAAGAUAUUGAGCAGCAGAAGCUUCAAUUAAUGGUUAAAGUUCAAAAUAUCAAGUUUGGGUUGAAAGACUAAGGAAUGACUUUGUAAGUUGUUACAAAAUGGUGUUUGGUUUUACUACUUUUUAGCUGCUUAAGUAAUUGAUAGCAUUCUUUGUAAGUAUUUUUUUUGUUUUCAACUAGCUAUUCACAUGAAGCAAAACUGAGCUCAGUAAUAGUCCAAUUAGACAUAUGGGUACAAAUGAAAAUGGGGUUAUGUAUCUUAAUAUAUAAUAUUAGGUUGUGCACCUUUCAUUAAUAAAUAAUAAUUUGACAAGUGAAUUAGGUAA